AUGUUUGGUCAAGGCUGCAUUCUGAUUAAAGCAGUUGCUUUCAGUGUAGAGCCUACUGAUGCUCAGACUGAUGCUCGCUCUUUCCUGAGUGAGGAAAUGAUUGCUGAAUUCAAGGCCGCCUUCGACAUGUUCGAUACCGAUGGUGGUGGUGACAUCAGCACCAAAGAGUUGGGCACUGUGAUGAGGAUGUUGGGUCAGAAUCCAACCAGAGAGGAGUUGGAUGCCAUCAUUGAGGAGGUCGAUGAGGACGGCAGCGGCACCAUUGACUUUGAGGAGUUCUUGGUCAUGAUGGUACAACAGUUAAAGGAGGACCAGGCUGGCAAGAGUGAAGAGGAGCUGUCUGAGUGUUUCCGAGUGUUCGAUAAGAAUGGUGAUGGUUUCAUUGACCGCGAGGAGUUUGGGGACAUCCUUCGCUCCACCGGGGAACCCGUUUCGGAGGAAGAGAUGGAUGAGCUAAUGGCAGAUGCUGACACAAACAAGGAUGGCAAGAUCGACUUUGACGAAUUUCUUAAAAUGAUGGAGAACAUACAGUAG